AUGACUUCAACGCCUCGCUUGCGGUCUGGGUUCCCAGCGACCCCAGCGACCGCUGCUCCGCGCCGUCAAACCCUUCAGCAGCAGACGCCCUCGACCGUGGCCUCCGUCUCCUCGUCCGCCGCCGGCUCCACGACCAAGUCGCCCACUCUGCCCCUCGCGCCCGAGAACCAGUCGACGCAGAGUGUCACCAGCCAGCCCGUCAUCCCCCUCACCUUCCUCGACGCGCCCCAGCAGCGUCUCUACGCAUUUGGCGUCUACGUCCUCCUGUGGGCGUGGAAGCUCUACGACUGGCUGCAGGUCGUCGAAGAUGGCGACUCUUCGUGGUGGCUCUUUCUGAAGUGGAUCUUCAUCGACUUCGCCUUUCUCUACGGCCUGCCUGAGCUCCGCAUACCUUGGCUCGAGCUGUCCCAGGCCCUCGUCACCGGCGUCUUCCUGUCGCACCUGGUCCUCAACUACAUGCUCAUGUUCAACAUUCCCCUCCCCUGGCAGUCAUGGCUCAUCGGGCUCGUCAAGGUCCUCUACGACCGCGAACUCUCCAUAUCCGAACACAAUGUCAAGGUCGCCAAUAUCCUCAACAACCACUCCCUCAUUAUGGGCAAGCAAAUCAUCAAUAUCCUCCCCGAGGGCUCCGCCGUCCUCAACCCGGAGCACAUUCCCUUUUGCUUGAGCCCCAAGUCCAAGGCCGGCGUCGCCUUGCCCAUCUACUUCAACUCCAGCGUCCCGGCUGAGAUCGAACUCAUCCGCAUCGACCUCGAGACCAACAAGCAGGAGACGAUCAAAGUGCCCAACCGUGAGGUCAACAAGGUCGCCAAGUCGAUUCGCGACCAGAUGGGGGAUCCCAACUCGGCUGGUUUCAACUGGCAAUUCCAGGUCAAGAAGCCCGGCGUCUACAGACUCGCCAAGGUCCUCGACGAUUACAAGCUGGAGGUUCAAAGAACAGCCAAGGACACUUAUGUUGUCCCCUGUCCCCAGGCUCGAAUCAAGACUGCCGACUCGACUCAGCGCUGCAUCCGUGACCUGUCCGACCUCUCCCUCGACGUGUUCGGAACGCCUCCGCUCAAGAUUGUCUAUCGCCGGACAAUCAAUGGCAAAAACGACGGCUUCCAUUUCCAGAGUCUGCAGCCGGAUGGCUUCGUCUCUCCUCUCCUCCAGGGCACGUCAGAUGCCAUCAUCACCAACGAGGACGACUUCUCUUGGGUGCGUCCCUCCAAGGUCACCGUCGGUCUUAACGAGUCCAUGACGACGGCCGGAGAGUGGGAGUACUCGGUAGAAGAAGUUCACGACGCUUUCGGCAAUAUUGUCAAGUAUGCAGAGCCAGGGGCCGAAGCCGAUCACGCAGUACCUCGAGGGUUGACUCAGCGGUUCGCCGUCAUGGAGCGGCCUAAGGUCCGCCUGGCAACCUGCGACCUCAGAAACCCCAUCAAGGUCGCCAAGGGCAAGCCUGCGAAGCUGCCCGUCAACUUUGGCAUUUCAGGUGCCGUUACGGACACGUCAUACCAGGUCACUUGGAAGUUUUCCCCCAUUGAUUCUCUCACCAACAGUGGAGAUCACGGCAAGCAAGUCUCCUUCGGAGAAUACUCGGCCAAGAGCUCCCGUGACAAGCCAGUCGUGUCUGAGCCCGGCCUUUAUACCCUCGAUUCCAUUACCAGUGGAUCUUGCAAGGGCGAAGUGGCGGAGCCGUCUUCCUGCCUGCUCCUCAAUCCGCUUGAGCCGCAUCUCUCCAUCAAAACAGAGGAGAUUCCAGACAAGUGCGCCGGGAACUCGAUUGGUCUCCGGGUCGACCUCGAUCUGGUCGGAACGCCGCCAUUCGCAGUCCGAUACGAGAUUAUCACGGAUGGUCGGACCGAGAAACAGGUCCAUCGCGUCAACGGCCUAAGAAGCCAACUCGAGCUUGUGCCAAAGACGGCCGGUCGGCACAAGUAUGUGUUCAAGUCCAUCGAUGACUCCGUGUAUACUGGUCUGCCGCUCGAGGGGUCCGACAAGAUUCUGGAACAGGUUGUUAAGCCUGCCGCAUCGGCUUUGAUUGCGAACCGCGACAAGGAGAUCAGCGCCUGUCUGGACUCUCAGGUUGAAGUUGAUGUUGAGCUUCACGGAGACCCCCCUUUCAACCUUGAAUGGGAGAUGGUUCACGAUGGCAAGCGCAAGACCGAGCGCGCCAAUGGUAUUCAGGACAAACGUUACAGGAUCAAGACCGCCAGCCUGAGCAAGGGUGGCGAGUACAUCCUUGCCCUUAGCAGCGUUCAAGACCAGCGAGGGUGCCGCACCUUCUUGCAAGACCAGCUCAAGCUCUCAGUCCGCAGGCAACGGCCGCGGGGAGGUUUCGGCCUUGUCGAGCAGAAGAACAGCAUCAUGGCAGUCGAGUCCGACACUCCCCUUCGGCUUCCGCUACGACUUCAGGGUGAGGCUCCUUGGACCAUUUCGUAUCGCAACCUCAACGAAAGCGGUCAAGUCCUCACAAAGACCGCCACCGGUGCAAACGAUUACCUCAUGGUCAAGUCUCGAGGCGUCUACGAACUCGUCAACGUCAGAGACAAGCAAUGCCCUGGCACUGUUGAUGAGGCCGCUUCGAAGUUCAAGGUCGACUGGUUCCCUCGGCCUCAAAUGUUCCUGGUUCAGACCGAGAGUACCACCGGAUCCAAUGACGCAUUUGUCAAGCAGGAGGUCUGCGAGGGUGACAUAGACGGCUUCGAGGUGAAGCUUCAAGGCUCUCCCCCUUACCAUGUCGAGUAUGAGGUUAUCCACAAGUCGGUUACGGGAUCCAGCGCAACCCUCCAGAAAAGGUUUGACGCCGCGCUUCCCAAGGCGGCCAUCUCCAUGGACACGAGCAAGGCGGGCCAGUACAAGUACCGAUUCUUCGGCUUGGCGGACAACCUCUACAACAACGAUAAGAGCUUCAAUCAGCUCGUUGUCGAGCAGAGGGUCAAUGCUAAGCCGUCCGCAUCCUUCACCAAACCCGGCCAGUCCUUCAAAUACUGCAUGCAGGAGCAAGAGCAGGAAGACAAGAUUCCCAUCACGCUCACCGGUGUUGCGCCGUUUUCCGUUGAGGUCGAGAUCAAGCAUCAGGCCGGAUCUCCGCCGGAGACGUACCGUGUCUCGUCCAUCAACUCCAAUUCUUACCGCAUGCCGAUCCCGCGAGAGCAUCUUCGUCUCGGCACCCAGCAGCUUCGCAUUCGAAGGGUGCGGGACGCCCGUGGCUGCCAGCAAAAGUACGAAAUCGGCGCUCCGUCGAUCCAGAUCCAGCUGUACGAUGCGCCGUCGAUCUACGCGCUUGAGUCGAGGGAGGACUUUUGCGUCGGUGAACGUAUUGCGUACACCCUCUCAGGAACACCGCCCUUCGAUAUCACGUACGACUUUAAUGGUCGUUGGCACGCCAAAUCCCAGACCACCAACUUCCGCCGCAUCGCGGAGAAGGCCGGCGUGUUUACCAUCACGAGCAUCUCGGACAAGGCCAGCGAGUGUCGCGCCGCAGUCAACCUGCGCAAGACCAUUCACCCGCUGCCCAGCGUCCAAAUCAGCCGCGGCAAGGUGUCUCGCGUGGAUAUCCAUGAAGGUAACGAGGUGGAUAUCCUGUUCGAGUUCUGGGGCACGCCGCCCUUUGAGUUUACCUACACGAGGAGCACGAACGCCAAAAAGGGCCAGCGCAGCGUCGUGCUCGAGACGCGACACGAUGUCUCGUACGAGCGCAGCAAGAUGGUCAAGGCUAGUCAGGAGGGCACGUACGAAGUCGUGGCGAUCAAGGAUAAGUUCUGCUCCUUCUCAACACAGCAGGUGGAGAAGAGAGAUGCCCGGCUGUAG